AUGGCAUCUUUGGUCUUCGAUUUGAGUCCUUUCCACCACCAGACAGGCAAGUCACCGUCUCUAGUAUUGCAGCUAUCGGCGCCUCCAGCUAAAAUGAGCUCUUCUUCAUUCAAACGCGGAUGCAACGAUCUCUUCUUUUUCAUCCCGUUCCUGGUUGUUGUAGUGGUGACCGCCGUGUUUGCUGCCAAGUACGGCGACGAGUUUAUCGACGCCACACAAGUGAAGGGGCUGCCCAGUUCGUCGGGCGCCAAGCUCAUACUGCGAAUCGUCGGCUUGUCCGCUCUCGCAUCCGCCGGCAUGUCUUUCAUCUGGAUCGUUUUUAUGGUUCUGCUGGCCGAGGCGCUUAUCUGGGUCGCUCUCAUUACAAUCAUCGUAUUCAACAUCGUGGCUGCCGUCUUGCUCGCUAAGAAGGCGCAAAACAGCGGCUCGACCUUGUACUUGUGGCCGGCGGUAGUUUUUGGACUCUUCGCGCUGCUCGCCAUCCUGUACGUGUGCUGCAUCCGCAAGAGGAUCAAGUUCGCUGCAGCGCACCUUAAAGUGGCAGGCAAGGCCAUUUUCCGUCUGCCAAUGACGUUGCUGGUGGCGCUCUUGAUGGUCAAUGUUCAGAUCGGCUGGGGUAUCAUGUGGGUGCUGGGAAGUCUUGGUGUCAUGUUCCAUCAGGACUACAUCAAGCUAGAGAACACGUGCACGACGGACGGUUGUGACAUCAAGUACAAGACCGGCGCGAUUAUCGGCGUGCUAUGCGGCAUGCAGCUCAUCUACUUCUGGGUCACAUUCGUGUUGCGCAACAUUAUCGGUGUCACGACGGCUGGGACUGUCAUCGCAUGGAAGAACGCGGUCAGCACACCGUACAUCACGAUGAGGGCAUGGCUACGUGCAUUGACGCUACACCUCGGCAGCAUCUGCUUUGGAUCGCUCAUUGUGGCAAUUCUAGAAACGGUCGUGUGCAUCCUGCACCUUUUGUCGUGGCUAGCUGGUCGCAGCGGCAACUGCUGCCUGACGUGUCUACUCUCGUGUUUUUCGUGCAUCAUUUCGCACAUCGAAAGCUUGAUUGAGUUCUUCAACCGCUUUGCUUUUUCGUACGUAGGAAGCUACGGCUACAGCUUCGUGACGGCGAGUCGCCACGUAUUCAAGCUGUUUGCCACCAAGGGCUGGAGCGCCAUUGUGAACGACGACCUCACGGGCAACAUCUUCUGGUUGGGCGAUAUUGUCAUUGGCAACUUGACCGCCUACAUUGGUGUGCUGAUUGUAGACGACACGGACUCACGACAACUGGCAAUGUUCGUGUAUCCUCACGUAUUUGUGGCCUUCUUUUGCUUCGUCGUAGGCUACGGAAUUAACCAUUUGUUCAUGUCAGUAGUGGCUAGUGCUGUUUCCACUAUCUUUGUGCUCUGGGGCGAAGACCCGAAGGGAUGGCAACUCACUCAUCCCCAACACUACAAAACGCUGCAUGAGACGUGGACCAAGAUCUACCCCGAUGAGUAUAACAACGGAUACGGCAAGCAGGCCGAUGCUAACGUAGAUGGUCGCGUCUAG